AUGCGUUUGCUAGAAAGAUCACUCACAACAUCUGUUCUGGUCACAUCAUCCACCGUCUUCUUACUGUGUGCUGCUCUUCUGAUACUAUCACGAGUGCGGCUUUCGUACAAGCAAGCGCAUCUGCGUAACAUUCCCGGGCCACCUGCACAAACCUUCGUAUUCGGAAAUCUGAAACAGUUCUUCAGCUUACAAGGUUGGGAGUUCCACGACAGUAUAGCGCUGACGUAUGGACGAAUCGUCAGGAUCUGGGGACUCUUUGGAGAUGUUCACCUCCAUAUAAGUGACCCCAAAUCCCUUUACAAUGUUUUGAUCAAAGACCAGGAAAUAUUCGAGGAAACGGACACAUUCAUCGAGUCCAAUAAGCUGUUUUUCGGGAUGGGCUUACUGAGUACCCUCGGAGUGCACCACCGUCGCCAGAGGAAGCUGCUCAACCCAGUUUUCUCUAUCAACCAUAUGCGCUAUAUGAUUCCUACUUUCUACAGUAUCUCGCAUCAGCUCGACGACAUCCUGAAGGCUAAGGUCGACAAUGGGCCCCAGGAGCUAGAUGUCCUUGAAUGGAUGACUCGCGUUGCGUUGGAACUCGUCGGCCAAGGCGGCUUAGGAUAUUCCUUCGAAACGCUGGACGAGCGGAAAUCGAACCGCUACGCUGAGGCGGUCAAGAUGCUAUUCCCAACGGCUGGCAGGAUCGAACUCCUUCGCAUGUUUCUUCCGUACUUCUCCAAUCUCGGGACUGCGUCUUUCCGCCACUGGGCCAUACGAUUGUUGCCGUCGAAGAAUAUCAAGCUGUUGAUCGACGCCACUGAGGUCAUGGACGAAACGUCGAAGAAAGUGUUCUACCACAAGAAGGAGGCUCUGGAGAAGGGGGAUGAUGCAGUAGUUCACCAGAUGGGUGAGGGCAGAGACAUUAUGAGCAUACUGAUGCAAUCAAACUUGACCGCUGAUGAAGAUGACCGCAUGCCCGAGUCUGAGUUAUUGGGCCAGAUGUCGACCCUGGUGUUUGCUGCAAUGGAUACGACGUCGUCUGCAUUAUCUCGCAUCUUGUUGCUCUUAUCCAUGAAUCCGAGCGUACAGGACAAACUGCGUGAAGAGCUCGUCGCUGCGCGCAAAGAAGCUGGAGGCGAUCUCGACUAUGACGCUCUACACGAGCUGCCGUAUUUGGAGGCAGUUUGUAGAGAGACGCUUCGAGUGUAUCCUCCGGUGACCCAUAUUCCUAGGGUUGCGCGCAAGGACGCAGUCCUGCCGUUAAGCACUCCUAUCAGGGGUAACGACGGCAGUACUAUCUCUGAGAUAGUCAUUCCUAAGGACACAAGCAUCAUCAUUGGAAUCAGGGAGGUCAACACCAGUACCGAAAUUUGGGGCACAGACGCUGCUCAGUGGAAGCCUGAGAGAUGGUUGUCGCCGUUGCCAGAGAGUGUCACGAAUGCUCGUGUUCCCGGCAUCUACUCCAACAUGUUGACCUUCUUGGGAGGAGGAAGAGGCUGCAUUGGCUUCAAGUUUUCGCAAAUGGAGAUGAAAAUUGUCCUGUCUCUCCUCAUUCCCAGCUUCUACUUCUCGCCCGCCAAGAAACAGAUCGAGUGGCUCAUGGGACCCGUGUCUGCACCGGUCGUCUCGGGUGGCACGAAGCCCUCCAUGCCAUUGAUGCUUACGCCGGUUCAGCCUCAGGCCGAUGGUGCUAUGUUUAAAGCAUGA